AUGUUUAUCCGCCCCUCUACUGUUCUCGUUGUCCUCCUCGGCCUGACGGCCCUUGUCAGCGCUGGAGGGCCAGUGGCUGCUAGGACUGCUAUCAUCGAUGAUGACGACGAGAAGCGCAGGGCACUCCCCGCUGCUAGGACUGCUAUCAUCGAUGAUGACGACGAGAAGCGCAGGGCACUCCCCGCUGCUAGGACUGCUAUAAUCGAUGAUGACGACGAGAAGCGCAGGGCACCCCCUGCUCGUAGGACUUCUACCAUCGAUGACAUUGACAAGCGCGGGCCACCCCCUGCUGCUAGGACUGCUAUCAUCGCUGCUCUCGACUAG